UGUAUAAGUAUACAUGAUCAUGAACAGGUUUUCACCAAACUGGCCAUUCUGAGUGGAGCAGACACAGGUCUAUAUUUCUGAAGAGCACUGAUUUGGACUAAAACCAAAAUGACUAAAUUAACACUUUUAGCAGCGCUGGGCAUCUUGCUCACAGUGCAGAUGGUGACUUCUACAAAGCUGGUGUGCUACAUGACCAACUGGUCCCAGUACAGACCCAGCAAUGGAAAGUUUUUGCCAGAACACAUUGAUCCGUUCCUCUGCACACAUGUGGUUUAUACUAUGGCAACUAUCAGCCCUGAUAACCAAAUCGCUACCAUUGAAUGGAAUGAUGAGGAGAUGUACAAAUCACUGAAUAACCUGAAAACAAUUAAUCCUGCAUUGAAGACCCUGCUGUCUGUUGGAGGAGAUGUUGAUGGCGUCAGUCCAUACACCCACAUGGUGGGGUCUGCAGAGAACCGCACAACUUUCAUCCAUUCUGCAUUGCCGUUCCUGCGUCUCCAUGAAUUUGAUGGUUUGGACAUUGACUGGCAGUUCCCAGGUGAGAAUGGAAGCCGACCAGAGGACAAGCUGAGGUUUACUGUAUUCGUCAAGGAACUGAGACAAGCUGUUGAACAGGAGGCCAUAGACAUAAAGAAAACUCCUCUGAUUAUCUCAAGCAAAGUUUCUGCCAUCAAGUCCACUAUUAAUACAGCUUAUGAGAUCGCUGAAAUUUCAGGACAGUUGGAUUUCCUGACCAUUUUGUCUUUUGACUACCAUGGCCACUGGGACCCCGUGACAGGGCAUAACAGCCCGCUUUUCCGCAGCUCCUUGGACAGUGGAAAUGUCAUUGACCACAACAUUAACUCAUCUGUGGCAACCUGGCUGGCUGGUGGAGCCCAUGCUGAUAAGCUGCUUAUUACCUUCCCCACAUUUGGACGUACAUUCUUGCUCUCCACUUCACAAACAGGUCUCGGCGCUCCAGCCAAUGGCCCUGCUGAUGCCGGCCCCUACACACGCGAAGAAGGCUUCUGGGCCUAUUAUGAGAUUUGCCCCAUGGAAUCAAGUGUCCCUAUUGAAUGGAUCGAUGAGCAGAUGGUGCCCUAUGCAGUUCAAGGAAAGUCUUGGGUUGGAUUUGACAACUAUGAAAGUUAUGCUGCUAAGGUGCAGUGGCUUAACUCCCUGAACUUGGGAGGAGCCUCAGUGUGGACCCUUGAUUUAGAUGAUUUUGCUGGCCAGUUUUGUUACCACGGAGCUUAUCCUCUUGUCAACCAUUUGCGCAAUGCGCUAGGUUUCCCACCCAAGCCCACCACUACGCCACGUCCCACCACGACCGCUGACCCCAUCACCACUUUCUGUGAUGGCAAACCCGACGGACUGUACCCCAACCCUGCUGACGAAACCACUUACUUCCAGUGCUACCGUGGAAACACAUACCUGCACAAAUGCCAGCCUGGUCUGGUUUUUGUUGAUAAUUGUAAAUGUUGUGACUAUCCUUGAGUAUAUGCUCAAAGUAACUCCCGCUUUUCGGCUGUCUGGUUUGCUCUUGUUUUGAUUUAUCACCUCUGCUUCCAACUAUCCAAGCUCAUAAUCUGCUCUUCAAUAUAUGUGUUCGUCACAUUUAGUUUUCUCUUGUUGUUAUGCAGGAAAAUGGUAUUCUCUCUUUCCCAUCACUUUCAAUAAAAAUAUUUAUAGCAAUCUG